AUGUCUGAAAUGAGUGACGCUGAACUUUCGCGUAACGCUAAUGUUCGUCUAUGCCGAUUACGUGUUUGGCCAGAAUUCGAAGGACUUGGUUUUAAUCUUGAAGCAUCUACUCGACCACCACAUUUAAUUCGUCUUGUCGAAUCAAAUAGUCCAGCAGCAGCUGGUGGUUUAAAAAUUCUUGAUGUUAUCUUAGCUGUUAAUAAAGAAGAUGUAUCCGAAGCUGAUUAUAAUCGUGUACGAAAUGCUAUUAAAACAGCUCAUGAUAGUAAUGCACCUAUUGAACUACUUGUUGUUGAACAACGUUUUUAUCAAAUGUUAAAGAAAAAAAAUCUAACAAUUAUUCCACAAAUGGCAACUAUUAUAAAUACACCAGCAACAAUGCCAAAUGAAUAUUUAAAUUUUCCUAAACAUACACCACGCACAUGUAAUAUACGUUUAGGUAAAAAUGAUUCAUCAUUUGGUUUUGAAGUUAUUAAUGGUGAAAAUGAUAUUGGUGCAUAUAUUCAAGAAGUAUUUCCAAAUACACCAGCUAGUAAUACACCAUUACGUAAAUGUGAUCGUAUUAUUGAAAUUGAUGAUAAAGAUGUUGAUAAAGAUAUAAGCAAGUCUAUAUUAGAAAAAUUAGAUAAAGCAAAAACAAAAGGUGCUGUUAAAUUAUAUGUUGUUGAUACUGAAACAUAUAAAUAUGCUCAAUUAAAUAAAAUACUAUUAAGAUCACAAGGACAACAUCAGAACCAAUUAACAGCUUCACCUAUCAAUCAUGGUAAUCAAUCACCAUCAUCGAAUACAUCAACAAUUCGUGAGAUAUUAAAAGUUAUAACACCAAGUGUAGAUGAUCUCACACAAUCGACAAGAUCACAAGAACUACCAAUAAUUAUUCCUUCAUCAUCAAUACCAUUACGAAAUGAAAAUAUUCGUUUAUGUACUAUUUAUCGAGCUGAUCCUAGUGAUACAUUUGGUUUUGAACUUAAUUAUCAUCGUCGAGAGCAAUUUCAUUCAUUAUCUAUUAUACCUGGUCGAGAUAAUGGACGAUCAAAUGCUGAACUUGCUGGUAUAGAAACGGAUGAUCGUUUAAUUGAAAUCAAUGGUCAAAAUAUCCAAAAUUUGAGUCACGAGCAAAUAACACAACGUAUACGUGCUGUUAAACAUCCUGAUCCAUUAGAACUUCUAGUAACUGAUGUUUCAACAUUUGAAUAUUAUAAACAACAACAAAAAGUUAUUCACCGUGGUUUACCAAAUGUUAAAAUUAUGCCAACUAACAGAUCAAUGCAUUCACAAUAG